ACAUUGCAGGCAGAGAUUCCAAAUUGCUUAUUGUUAUAUUGUUAUCGUCUAUUCUGUGUUGACGCAUUUGGAAACGUAUACAAAACUCAUCAUUUAGAAAACUGAUGUAGAGUGUAAUAGUUGUGAUUGUGUGAAAAAGUGCAAACUCGUCAAAUUCUACAAGCACAAUAGAAUGGAGUAUUGAGUUUCGCCAAGACAACAAAGUAACCAAAAAAAAAAAAUCCAUUGCCAUACGCAAUCAGUAGCUGCCGAAUAUAGUUAAAUUGAUUGGAAGAAAUUUGAGGUGGGCGUAUGUAUCGCGUACAUAAAUGCAAGUGUAAAUCGUAGGUAAAAUGGUUUUCUGGUGUGAUUGUUUCAAUGGUGGCUAUCAGCAAAUUGAUACUGCUCGACAAGGUCCACGUUUUGGUAUACGUCAUCUACAAUGUUUUCUCGCCUUUUGUGGCCUGGCAGUGGCCUAUGCACUGCGUGUAAAUCUUUCUGUAGCCAUUGUGGCCAUGACAGAUAAUAAUUCCACAAAUCCAGCUUUUGAGGAGUACAAAUGGGACGAAGGCGUUAAAUCCUAUCUACUGAGCAGCUUUUUCUGGGGUUAUGUCGUAACACAAGUGCCCGGCGGCUACAUGGCGCAUCACUAUGGUGCAAAGUAUACGUUCUUCUUUGGCGUGCUUAUAUGCUCCUCACUCGCCAUUUUGACACCGUUCUGCGCCAAAGUCGGUGACUGGCCUUUAGUGCUCGCACUGCGCGCCGCACAAGGUCUGUCGCAAGGCAUGAUUUUUCCAUCGACACAUACAUUUCUAUCGAAAUGGGCGCCAGCUGAGGAGCGCGCACGUCUCGUCAGUUACUGCUAUUCGGGCGCACAAUUCGGCACAGUCGUAAUGCUAUCGGUUAGCGGUUACAUAGCAUCUUCAUGGCUUGGUUGGCCUAGCAUAUUUUAUCUCUCCGGUGUUGUUGGCAUUUUAUGGUCAUUCGUUUGGUUAUAUUUAAGCGCUAGCACACCUGCGGAACAUCCAUCGAUUAGUGUGGCCGAGUUGCGUUAUAUUGAAUCAUCCGGACAAACACGUCGCCCCUCAGAUGCUGGUCGUCAAAGCAGUGGCUCACAAACGCAACCACACAAAUUACCAUGGGCUAAAAUAUUCACUUCGCCACCAUUCUUAACACUGAUUUUCGUGCAUUUAGCGAACAAUUGGGGCUUCUGGACACUGCUCACCGAAAUACCGACAUACAUGAAAAAUAUACUCGGUGUAGAUAUACGCAGUAAUGGUCCACUUUCUGCGCUCCCGUACCUCGCGAUGUGUCUGCUGUCAUAUGUUUUCAUCUUUGUGGGCGAUAUAAUCAAUGCGCGCUUCACAACACGUUUAUGGGUGUCUCGUAAAUUCUUCAACACCAUCGGUCAGUGGGUGCCGAUGGUGGCACUGAUUGGUUUGGGUUAUAUAAAUGCAGGCGGCAGCGUUAAAUUGGCUAUUACACUGUUGACCAUCGCGGUGGGCGCAAAUGCGGCCACCUAUCUGGGUUUCCAAGUCAAUCACAUCGAUAUCGCACCAAAUUUCGCCGGCACCCUAAUGGGCAUUACCAAUUGUGUAGCGAAUGUGAUAAGCAUAAUAGCGCCGCUCACAGUGGGACUGAUUGUGACAGAUGAGGAAAAUCCCGCACAAUGGCGUGUUGUGUUCUAUGUGAGCGCAUUCUUCUACUUCGUUGGUAAUCUGUUCUUCCUCGUCUUUGGUCGUACGAGUCCGCAAAAAUGGAACUUCCCACAAGGUCAACCGGUUGUUGCUGCAGGCCGUGGUGAUAGCAGUCCACACAACGUCGAUGACAUACAAGAAAUUACAGAUGAUGAGACGGCGCCUUUGAAUCGCAAUGCUGCACCGUGAAUUCAUGGUGUUAAUGGCAUGACAUUGCAUUUUAUCUCUCAUUUUCGUGAAAACUCACAAUUUUAUGUUUUUGUGAUAUAAAAUAUUUUAUUUUAUUUUUUUUUUUUUACUUUUUUUCAAUGUUUCUCAGCAUUAAUUGAGGUGAAUGAAUGUCUCGUACAGUAAGAAAAAAGAAUUUAAAAAAACUUAGGUGCAUACAAAUAUAAAUAUAUAUAUAUACAUAAAUAUACACACAAAUAAUAUUAUUUAUAUUUUGUAACAACAACUAUGUACUUCUGUAAAAUUAAUUUUAAGCUCGAAAUGCAAUUAUAAGUAACUAAAGUAGUAUAAAAUGUUGUUAGUUAGUAUGGAGGCGUACAAACGCUCGUUUAUUGCGUAUAACUGCUGCUCAUAAACUGUUUGCUCACAAAAUAUAUUUACCAUGACAUUGCCAGACUUUUACUAAAUGUUUAAUUUAAUUUUAUUUUUUUACCUUUUAUUGUAAUUUUAAAUAUUUUAUGUUCGCAGUAAACGCGUUACAUGUUCCCUCAUUGCUACAUACAUCUGUAUUUUAAAAUAAUUCGAAAUCAAUUUAUUAUAAACUAAAUAAAUAUUUUGUGCUGUUGUACAUACAUCUGUAAUUUUUUGUGCAUAAGUGGGCUUAUAAAUUAUUCUAUUCUGUAUGUCAAUGUAAUAAAGUGUCUUUAAUAAUUAAUAAAUAUGCACAAAUAAAUAAGAAAUUUUUGAAUAUUAUAUUUACCGUUAAAUAUAUAAUUAUACUCAAUUUAUAUAAUAUAUUUGAGCAUUUCAGAUCUCUAAGGAUAUCGAAAUAUAGAUUAUUUCUCAAAAUAUUAUAUAUUCUAUAGUUAGUUAGAAAGAGAGAGUGAGAAAAAAUACCAUUAAUUAGAAUUGAAAAUUCUCUAUUUCCUUUCCACAUACAACAGCCCUUCCCUUCUGUAAGAGGUCAUUCCUACAGUACGUCGAUGAAAUCGAACGCAGACAACCGUUUGACUUCCUUAACCUUUUUUGACUUCCUUCCACUGACAUACAAUGCAGACGAUGAGUUUCUUGCGAAAUCAGAGUGACCCUCGUCUUCGUUCUGGAUAUUGUAGGUUCUAUUCCUACAUAUCCAGACAAGAUCCCAACAUACAAAACAUAUUUCUUAACAUAUUAUCUAUUUUUCCUCUCCCUAAGGUCCAAAACUGUAGAAACAGCUCGUUUCCGGAGUCUCCCGACUAUUAAACUUGGGCUUCCCUCUUCAAUCAGUGUUUUGGAAAUCGCCACAACAAAAACGACAUCAGUAAACUCCGUUUAACCCAACCUCGGCAUCGACAUGUCAAAUAUAUACCCUCUAUGCUACGCAAAUAUUUCUGCUUAAUACUAACCUCAGUCUCUCAAAUUCUCUUCAUGUGCAUUUUCCUAUCAACAGAACAACAAAGAUCAGGUGACAAGUUCGUUAUACAGCAAGUUUCGUUACUAGUCCUAAGUGGGCAUAUUGCGACCGAUUCGUAGUGUAAGAUCUUGAAUUUCUCUAGAAAACUGAUGAGUCCUCGGUUUGUUUUUGUCAUCCUCCAUUUUACUUUGUUUUUGAUUGAGAUUUUCUUUUCUUUCACAUCAGGGCGCCUGGCCAGACUGAAAUUGGGUGAUUGUCUAAAAAAUAGUCAGACACUAUAGACAGACCAAUAUACAUACAUACACAAUUAAGUUCUUUUAAAGGAUCCCCCAUACCAUCGUCGUGAAGUUCUAGUAAGACAGUGGGAACCUGAAAACAUAACCUCAGCCAGAUAUGGUCAUGGGAUUCACUUGGAAAGGUAUAAAGUAAAUGUCAGCUUCUCUAGAGUCGGACGGGUUGAGCUCUUUCUCAGCUGAGCUAAUGAACUAAAAAUCAGCCUAUGUGACAUUAAUCAUAUCUUCGAUAACGAUACUUGUAAACGAACACUUCAUAAAACCAAAGACCACACAAGCUUGAUUUUUUUAAUUUAUCUACAUGGGCCAUCGGAAUAUAGAGCUCACAUCUUCAAAUUCAUGAAUACGUCCUUAGAGUAUUGAAAAUCAGCGAGUUAUGGAGAAAAUCCGUUGGUCCCCACUUUUGUGAGAGAGCAAAUAAGGGGGAAACACCAAAGAGAGGGAGAAUCUAAAGUAUUAACUGACAGGAAGAUACUCAAAAUAAUGCCAAAAGAUCAUCCAACCAUGUUUUUAUCCAACAUAUCCGUUUUUACAGUCUACUAAAUCGGAACGGAUCUGAAUUUUCGUUCGGCCAAGGACUAUCAACUCGAGGUAUUUCCAAAAAUUACUUGGGAAAUGUUUUCUGCUGUCAAACUCAGUUCAUAUCUUUUAAAUGAUUUGAGGACUGACAAAUUUUAAUUUUAUUCAAUGUUAAGUUUAUUGGUCUUUUAGUUAAAUAUAUUACAGACUUAAGGCUACUUAAUUCGCAAUCAAAUAAGACUUACUAAGAAUAUUAAAAUACAAUACAAUAUAAUCGUUCCUGUGGCUACAAAAGUUUAUUAGAAAUACGUUUAAUAAUUCGUUUCGUUUAAUUAUAUUAAUUACGAGUAAAUAAUGUAUUUGAUUACUUUUGCAUAUAAAAUACACUUUCUUUAAUAAUAAAACUUAUAUUAAUAUAAUGGAAGGAUAAAUGUAACGAAAACUCACUGGACGCGUCGCAGGUUUUGGAACUUUUAUUCCCCUUUAUAAAUUAAACUAGAUUUUCGUAAAAUUAUAUUAAGUCUAUAAAUAAUUACAUACAAUAAAGUCAUAGAGACAGCGCGCACUAGAAAAGUGGAAAAUUCCAGAAGAAACUACAAACUAUCAUACAAACAUAGCUCAAUUCGUGAGUGAUAAGCUAUUAUAUAGACAAUAUUAAUGUAGAAAUAUUAAGCAGGUUAUUGUUAUGUUCCAAGUACAGAUUGUGUAGUUAUGGAAAAUUUGGAAUUUUCUGUUUUGUUUCUUUCUUCAUAUUAUCACAAUCUACUCCCUUGCAUACGAAUUCACAUAAGCGAUAAUGCGCAUGAAUACAUACUAACAUAAGCCAACACGAAACUGAGAGCGUAAAUUCAACUCUCUAAGUUCGUUGCGCGACAUUUCUACCAUACUUCACUUGCGCUAAGCGCUUUCCGACUCAAUUCAA